UAUUAUUGUGUUCGUGAGAACCUGGCAAAAAUGCUGCGAAAUUUGGCUAGCCGAAAACUCGUCACUCGCAUCACCCGAUUCAAUUCAACCAGAUGGUCCUCCGUGGCAGCACCAUCAGAGGCUGUCAUCACCUCAUUUCCAGAAAACCCUAGUAGCAAGAGCGAGGAGGUUGUCUUGCAGAAGGUCUUUGCUGAGAGAGAAAAUGAUUUGCCCGCAUCACAAAUGAAAAAUCCAUACGAAAAGGAGAAGGUGAAAUGCAUUCUUUGCCAGAUGGACAUCAGCCCAAGCUACAAAAAUCUUCGGCUGCUGUCUCAGUUUGUCUCCUCUUUUACCGGCAGACCCUAUGGCAGACACAUUACCGGACUGUGCAAACACAAACACGAGCAGGUAGCCAGAGAAAUUGCAAAAGCCAGGAGCUUGGGUAUGAUGCCAGUCAUGCUGAAAAACGUCAAAUUUUUGAAGGAUCCUGCUCUUUAUGAUCCUGAAAAGCCACUGCGUCCUCAUAGGUUUUAAAAGUCUGUUUAAGAAUGAUCACAUAGCUGUGCGAACUCAUCGAUUUGAUUAAAAUAAACGAAUUGUUAAAAUGUA